AUGGACGAUCUAGAAAAUGCCGAAGAGGCCUUAGUCGAAGCGAACAACUUGAACAAUCACGACGCCAAGGUCUGGGCCUAUCUGUCGAUGCUGUGUCUACGAAGAGGCAGAAGAAUCGAGGCUGAGCAGGCCUUCAAAUACGCCUGCAAGACUCUGGUGUUCCAAGCCACAAAUGUUGUGGUACUGCUGGCUUUGAUUAGGUUCAAUGUGGAACCACAACUUUUAAUAAAAAAGCCAAAAGUACACAACAGCCCAGAAAUUCAUCAUACAGCUUUUCGUUUUGCUCUGUUGACAGACAUAAUUGAUUGUAUUGAACCCAUGUUUCAUAUGAAAACUCAUAUUCUGUAUGGAUAUUUCAAAGUUGGACAGUAUUUCUCAGUUGGAUUGAGGAAGCCAGACUCGAGGAAUGCAGCCUGGCGGCGUUUCGAAGCCUCUCACCUCGCCCUGAGCACUGAGCGACACUCGCAGACUAGCAAAGAACACGCCUUUUUUCUGUACGGUCGUAAAAACGGCCAACCCAAAUCAACCGUCGGGGUGACUGAUCCUCCUAUCCUGAAACUUACAUCAGACCGACACAAGAGAUUUGAUGUGCCUCAUGCUCGUCCCUCAUCUCCUCAUCUCUUCCUAAACUCUGUGCCCCUUUGGUAUAUGGGUCUUUCUGACUUGGAACUCUUGAAUGAAUUGUCCUCUCUGCAGGUUGCGGUAGGAUUUGGAAACCCUCUCGUCGGCUGCCAGCCGCCUCGGCUACCCGGCAUCUUAGAAGUGUGA